AGCCAAACCUUUGACAGCAAGGAAAAACAUGGCCAAGGCAAAGUUCAUCAAGAGAAGCAGUGUUCUCAAGCAUGCAGUUCAAGUCCUGCAGAGGAGUCUUCUUCCAUUCUUAAAGAUGAAGACUGCUCCUUCAAUAUGGGGUCAUUUAUCCGACGAGUUCGAAGAGGCUGACAGAAUUGGGGUGCUGCCGGAGGAUGUGAAGGAAGGCCACUUUGCAGUGGUGGCAGUCUUUGACGAGAAGCCAAAAAGAUUUGUGGUGUCGUUGAGCUGCCUCUCACACCCAGUGUUUCUGAGGUGGUUGGAGUUGGCAGAAGAGGAGUUUGGGUUCCAGCAUGAGGGGGCCCUUGCUAUACCCUGCCGGCCGAGCGAUCUGGAGAAGAUAAUUACAGAGCUGUGAGGAAGAGGACAAGUCCCAUGCAUGCAUGUCCAUUGGUUCUCCAUCUCUUUUUCUUAAAGGAAAAAAAAAAAGGUCUGUUGAUCGAGUCGCAAUAGCAAGGAUCAGAUUGGAUCUUAUUAACCAGAAAUCAGAGAUGCAUUUGCUAUGCCGUAUUUAUUGUUAGGCAAGCAAUUGAGAUGUGAAUGAUGAUUGUAGCAUGUGGAUGAUUAAGAUCGAAUGCAUGUGUAAGUUUGCUUGAUUGAUGAUGAUGGACAUUGUUUGCCGAA